AAGUGCAAGUAUAUAAAACAAUCGGACUCGGUCUUCAGACGUUCCAUUUUCGAAAGAAAACGACGACCACGACGACAUCCUACUAAACUUACAAGAAACUAAAACCGUCCAUCUGUAACAGUUUUGAUAAAAAAAAACACAAAAUACACGAGUGGAAGCAAAGAAGCGCUCACAUAAACGCUCUUCGACAACACCAAAAACGCAGCAAGCCGUUCGAAAACUACCUAUUUUAUUUUUUACUGUCGACCCGGUCGUAUAAACUCACAAACAUGAACAACAAAUUCUGCGUUUUGGCCGUACUCAUGGGCAUCGCCGCCGUCGCACUUUCGGCCGACGAAAAGACCACAUCGCCUGCACCAGAAGCUGAAAACGGCAUCAAGAUCUUCCGCAGACUUAUCCCGGCCGACGUUUUAAGAGACUUCCCCGGACUGUGCUUCGCGUCCACCAAGUGCGCGACCGUCGAGCCCGGCCACACGUGGGAACUUUCGCCGUUCUGCGGACGGUCCACUUGCGUGCAAGGCGAGGGCACCAACCAGCUGUUGGAAUUGGUCGAGGACUGCGGACCGUACCCGAAAGCCAACCCCAAGUGCAAGCUGUCCGAGAAGACCAACAAGACGGCCGCGUUCCCGGAAUGCUGUCCAGUGUUCGACUGCGAACCCGGCGUCAAACUCGAGUACCCGGAAAUCGCCAUCGUCGACAACGCCGACGCGGCCGCAGCCGCCGCCGACGCGGCCACCACGACGACAGCCGCCCCCAAGACCAAAGCCUGAGCACCACGACCGAAUUCGCAAGCACCACCACCAUGUCUCAUUGUUGAAUGAUAACUUUUUUUUUUUUUAACACAUUUUCAUUAUUCUCACACACUUUACGAAAUUUGUACAAUACAUAUAAUUCUAAGUUCUAUGUCUACCUAUACGAGUAUAUUAUAUUAUAUACAUAUAUAAUAUAUAUAUACAUAAAAAUUAGUUAGAUUAAACUGUAUCGUACAUUCGUACCUAUGUGUUUUUACGUAAAAUAUGUUCCAUUUAUAUAUAUUACAAUACCUACGAUAACGAUUAAGUUUGUAAUAUUAUUAUUAUUAUUAUUAUUAAUUUACAUUAUACAUGUUGUAUAAAACAAAAAACAAAAAUUUUUUUUUCAAUUUUCUUUUUUUAUCCUUUCAUACAGAAAUGUUGUAUUCAAUACAAAUGGUAACUUACCAUCCGGAAAUAAGCAUUUUUUUUAACUAUUGUUACUUGUUAGUUUCUACUAGAUUUCACGAUUUGUAACGUGGUCUAACAUACACGGGCACACAGAAUUAAUGAAUCCAAACCGGAACCAUUUUAGGUUAAGUAUCAGUGUUUAAAAUAUAUCCUUGUUUUAAAUUAUAUUUUAUGUUCUAUGAGUACACUAUGCUUAAGGUCCGGGAGUUUAUAAAUUAGUGUUAUAAGUAAAUACACGGAUUCAAAAUCUUAAUACACUGGAA